ACUCCAACGACGGCAAAUGACUUCUUUACAUCGUAUGGUACCUCACUGUACCUAUUUCCACGUACCAUUCGAAUCCUAUUUGAAAAGCCGACCUUCUCGGUUGCUGGACAAGAACAAAACUCCAUGCCGUGUGACAUCCUCUCGUCGUGUUCUAUCAUGCUUUUUCUCCCGAUACCAAGCUUAAUCCUCACUAUUUCAUUUUCUGUGCUUUUGGCGACGCCUUCAAACUCGGCAGCAAUAGCCAAUGGGACAUCGACUGGAGAACCCUUUUGGCUGGAAGUUAUCAAACAUCAGGGCUCUUCCCCGUUCAAUCCUGAUCCAGGAUCGUACCAGGUUUUUCGCAAUGUCAAGGAUUUCGGAGCCGUGGGCGAUGGUCAAAACGACGAUACCGAAGCUAUCAAUAAUGCUAUCUCUUUCGGUGGAAGAUGCGGAGGGGGAGAAUGCAUUUCUUCUACCACCACACGUGCCAUCGUGUAUUUUCCAGCUGGGACAUAUCUCGUUUCAGAAUCGAUUAUAGCUUACUACGCUACUCAGCUCAUUGGUGACCCUAACAAUCCGCCAACGUUGCUAGCUUCAGAUUCCUUCAAUGACCUCGCUGUUAUUGGUUAGUUGUUCAACUUGGCGCUCCCCAUAUCAUAAUGUCGACUAUUUGGUUCAGAUGCUGACCCUUACAGCCCUGUGCAUUGGUACACGUCUACCAACAAUUUCUUCCGUUCUGU